GUUCUGUCUUGGUAUUUUGUAUUUUGAGCAGUCGUCAUUUGAAUUUGCUGAAACCUUCGAAAAAUGUGUAUCGCGUUAUAUGGCGGUGAUGGAUACACGUGGUCGGUAAAUGUUCAUGAAGGCCUUGAGUUUGCCGUUGAUCUAAUACUAAAACGAAACUAAUACUAAACCUAAUAACGUUUUCCAGUGACAAAUGUCACCGCCAAUUCGCUUUAUUUUUAAUUAUUUUAAAGUAACGGCCAAGUGAUUCCUCUUCCUUGUUGUCAAUCUUUGAUUUAAAUCACCUGACAAAGAAUGUACAAGUUACAAAACAUUACGAUCGGCAGCACACAGCAGCGACAGGAAAUGAUUACGCACAAAUAACUCGGAUAACUUUACCCAACACCGUAUGUUGUCACCAGGAAUACUUCUAUGAAUGGAUCCUAAUCCCACUACUACGGCACCGUUGCAAGGCGACAGCGACACAGGGGCAAGUUCUCUCUGGAGCUGGUGGCCUUCCUGGCGUCCAACAUCCAUGUCCUUAUUGAAGGCUACAGAAAGCAAGAUUCUUAGUUGUAUUCAAAACAAUCUAUGGGCCAGGUUUGUGACUCUUCCAAGUCAAGAUCGAAUAUGGACUCUGACCCUUACUAACAAAACAGGUCCAAAACCUGAAGAGCAAGAUUCUAAAAUGCCGCUGGUGAUGGUCCAUGGCUUUGGAGGAGGGGUAGGACUAUGGAUUAGAAACCUGGAUGCACUGAGCCGUUCACGGCCCGUUUAUGCCUUUGACCUCCUGGGCUUCGGUAGGAGCUCCAGACCUUCGUUCCCUUCUGAUGCUGCCAAAGCAGAGGAGCAGUUUGUCAACUCCAUAGAGCAGUGGAGACGGUCUGUAGGUUUGGAGAACAUGAUUCUGUUGGGACACAGCUUGGGCGGGUAUCUGGCUACAUCCUAUGCCAUCCAAUACCCUUCAAGAGUGUCCCAUCUCAUCCUGGUUGAUCCAUGGGGUUUCCCUGAGAGACCACAGACCCAGAACCAGGAGAUUCAAGGUCAGGCCACAGAAUUGGUAAAGAGGCCAUCUCCACCACGCUGGGUGAAGGCUAUUAUUUCAGUAGUUUCCCUCUUCAAUCCACUGGCUGUCAUUAGAGCAGCGGGCCCAUGGGGUCCGGGUUUGGUCAAUCGAUUUCGGCCAGAUUUCAAAAGGAAAUUUGAAGACCUGUUUGAUGAUGACACUAUGACACAGUACAUUUACCAUUGUAAUGCACAACCUCCGAGUGGCGAGGUGGGUUUCCGGGCCAUGGCUGAGUCAUUGGGGUGGGCGAAGAGACCUAUGUUGCAGCGGGUCCAUCUGCUACCCAGUUCCAUGCCACUCACCAUGCUGUAUGGAGCCCAGUCGUGGGUUGAUAGUUCCACCGGGGACAAUGUGGUCCAGGCUAGGAACCCCGCUCGCACCAAAGUGCUGCUGAUAAAUGAUGCCUCUCACCACGUGUAUGCGGAUCAACCGGAGAAGUUCAACAGAGUGGUAGAAAACAUAUGCAACUCAGUUAACUGAAUAGAGUUCAUGUAAUACUUAAUGUGUACUGUAUAGAAAGACACAGACACAUUUGGGAAGUUUCUUCAUGUACCGGUGUAUCUUCAGCAUUCUUACAUGAGUAUGAAUUAUGUUUUUGUCUUUAUGUCAUAGUAGUUAUUCAUACAGUAUAUAUUAUCAAAACUUUUUUUUGUGCUUAGCACUUAAUUUCUUUCUAACUUAUUCGAGGUAUACUGUACACUGUAUUUAGCUCCAAGAAAAUAGUUCAUUGUUUACUACUGACUUUAAUGUAGACUCCUUUGUUAUAUGCAGCCAAUUAGUUGCUUUUUGUUUGCUUUAAACAAGAUUUUAAGCAUAAUAGGACUUUGGGGCAUAUUGCUAUAUUUAUUUUGCCAACUAAAAAAAAAAAAGACAGUUUAAUCGUAUUUUUCUUUUUAUUAUUGCUACAUUUUGGAUUUUGCUUAUGAUUGAAUUUUGUACAUUGAAGAAAAUAAAAUAUUUUAGUCUUUGGAA